GCCCCUUUGAGGCAAUUGGCCAUGAGGAAGACGUCAAACGUCAGCGACACCGUAUCGCCGGCCUCCACUGGGGGAAAUUGUCUCUAUGAAGGCGUCACAUCCGCUUUUUACGCGCGAUCCUGAAGUUUGUUUUCCUGCUGAGGUAGAAAGCCGGGGCCUCGUGGUAAAGACCGGUGGGAGAGGAGGGAACGGUCAUUAGACAGCAACGAUAAAGGCCGGUAACUUGCCCAGCAUGAGGCGAAGUAAAGCAGAGCUCCAGAGAUACAUAGAAAAUGCGCAGAACAGCGCGACAUCACCCAGAGAGAAAUCAAUGAAAGGAUUUCUUUUUGCUAGACUCUACUAUGAGGCUAAAGAAUAUGAACUUGCUAAAAGAUGUGUGUCUUCGUACAUUAGUGUACAGGAAAGAGACCCAAAAGCCCACAGAUUCCUUGGACAACUGUUUGAGAUUGAAGGAAAUGUGGAAAAAGCUGUUGGCUGUUACAAGCGUUCAUUGGAGUUAAACCCCACUCAGAAGGAUCUUGUUCUUAGGAUUGCUGAGUUGAUAUGUACUCUAAAUAUCAAAGAUGGCAGAGCAGAAUACUGGGUGGACAGAGCAUCCAAACUCUUCCCAGGAAGUCCUGAGAUAUACAGACUUAAAGAACAACUACUUUCCUCACAAGGAGAAGCUGGGUGGAAUCAGCUCUUCGAUUUAAUACAGGCCGAACUUUUUGCAAGGCCCAAUGAUGUGUAUGUUAAUAUCAAGCUUGUAGAUUUGUUUCUGUCCAACCAAAGACUGGAGGAAGCAGUUUGGCAUUGCCUUAAACCCGAGAGAAGAGCUUUAAGGACAGAUUUAGAAUGGUGCUCCCGUGUUGUCCAAGUAUUUAAGGAGUAUCUGGCUUCAAAACAAGGGCAAAAGAACACCAAUGUGAAGACAAUAACAAAGGAACUGUUGCUUGCGCAUUCUGAUGUUGUCCUUUUGACUCUUUCUAAAAAGGAUGUUUGGAAGAGUAAGGAAGCCCUUGAAAGAUUUGACCAGGCCCUCUUGUCGGUAAAACAAUCUGUGAGUGGUACAGACGCUACUGAUCUGUCUGUAACGUUUUAUGAAAUGAGAGGUCACUACUACAUGCAUGCUGGGACCCUGCUACUGAAAAUGGCUCAGAACUCUGAAGUUCAGUGGAAGGCUUUAAUUGAACCUGCUGCUCUCUGCUACCUUCUGGCUUAUCAGGUUCCUAAGCCAAAAAGUAAGCCUGUUAAAGGGGAGGACAACGGACAAGGUUUUCUAGAAGGAUUAGCGUUUGACCGGCAAAGUAAAUCUGGUCACUUAUUGCUAACUUUGAGCCAUGGAAAAGAGAACUUCAUUAGUGAGGUUAUAGAAACUUUUGCAAACCAAUGUGGGCAGUCUAUUUUACUGAAGUUUCUGUUUGAGGACAAUUUAUCGAUGCAAGAUUCUUUCAUGGGUAGCGAUGAUAUAAGCUAUGCCGAGAAUCGUGUGCCGGACCUAAAUGAGCUUUCCCAGCUUGACAGUGGUUCUCUUCGAAUACAUAAUGGUGAUCUUCAGCACCUAACUUGGCUUGGGUUGCAGUGGCACUUUCUAGCAAAUUUACCUCCAUUUCGCAAGUGGCUUAAACAGGUUUUUCCUCGGGUGCCCCAGGAAACUUCAAGACUUGAGUCCAAUAUUCCAGAAUCUAUCUGUCUUCUGGAUCUUGAGGUAUUUUUGCUGGCAGUUGUGCAUACUAGUCAUCUUCAGUUACAAGAUAAUAACACAACAGCUGAUCCAAACAGACCUCGAUGUCUUCCUCUUCCUAUCUGCAAACAGCUCUUUACCGACAGGCAGCGGUCCUGGUGGGACGCUGUUUACAACCUUAUUACAAAAAAAUCUUUACCUGGCACCUCAGCAAAGCUGCGUCCUGUGAUUCAACAUGAUCUUACUACUCUAAGAGCUCAGGAAAAGCAUGGCCUGCAACCUGCUGUUCUUGUUCACUGGGCAAGGAGUCUCCACAAAACAGGUUACAGUCUGAAUUCCUUUUAUGACCAAAAGGAAUAUAUGGGGCGCUGUGUCCACUACUGGAAGAAACUUUUGCCACUUCUAGAUUUGGUCAAACAGAAAAAAAGCAUUCCUGAGCCAGUUGAUCCUUUGUUCAAGCACUUUCAUAGUAAAGAUAUUAAGCUUUCUGAAGUAAAAGACUUAGAAGAUGACGCAUGCCUUGCCUUUGCAACACUGGAUUUAGUUGACGGAAAAACAGAGGAUGCAAUAAUAGCAUUUGAUGCUGUUAAGAACGUUGUUGCCUAUUGGAACCUUGCUUUGAUAUACCAGCGUAAGGCCGAAGAAAUUGAAAAUGAUUGUUUGCCAGCAGAAGAACAGGAAGAGUUCCAGGAGUGCCUGCUUAAGUGCAAAGGCUAUUUGAAAAUGAUUUGUGAUGAAUAUAAUGCUGAUCCUUCCAUUGCAACAUUGUUGCCAGUUCCAGUUGAGACUGUGAUUGAGAUGCUGGAGUCAGUGAAGCAGAAUCUUGGAGAAGCGAUGGAAGAUCGUAGCCUGGGCUUUGUGGAAAAUCAUUCAGCAAUAAAACAUUCCACACCAUCACCCUCCAAGCUGUCCAUAUCGCCCAGCAAACCAACUCGGUUUUCUCCCAAAACGCCACCACGUUGGGCAGAAGAUCAAAAAUCUCUACUUGAAGUGCUCUGUAAUAAAGUAGAAGCAUUGAAGAAAGAAGUUCAAGAGCUGAAACACAACAAUUCGAAUGCAAACGCUUCCCCUCAUAGAUGGCCUAAUGAAGGAUUUGAGCCUGACAGUGUUGCUGAUGGCUACCAAGGAACUCAAAGUUUCUAUACAGUUCCCCUAACAGUUUCCACUUCAGGACCUGCUGCUUACUAUGCCCAGUCACCAGCUUAUAAUUCUCAGCAUCUUCUCAGGCCAGCAGCUAAUAUUACUCCAACAAAGACAUCUGUGUAUGCAAUGAACAGAUUGCCCCCACAACAACAUAUGUAUGCCUAUCCUCAACCUAUGCAUACACCGCCAACUCAGCAAAGUUCAGCAGCAUGUGUAUUUCCUCAAGAAAUUUAUGGUCCUCCACUGCGAUUUGAGUCUCCCGCAACUGCAAUUUUGUCACCACAUAAUGAAGAAUUUUACAAUUACAGUGUUCCACCAGCCAGCACAAAUCCACCCCUGCCAGAACCUGGCUAUUUUACUAAGCCUUCUACAGCAAUGCAGCACUCCAAACAAGAAGUUCCAAAAGUGUCUGAUUUGGGGAAAGGUUGCUUAGGUCAGUCAACAUCAGAAGGUCAAAAACCAUCUCCAUUUACUGGACCAAUGCAGUCUACUCCAGCACCAUCAACUUUCAAGUUUAACUCCAACUUUAAAUCCAAUGAUGGGGAUUUUACAUUUUCAUCAAGUCAAGCAGGAGCGCAGCCAAGUAGUGCUUAUACUGGCAGUGAGAGCCUUUUAGGGCUUCUGACGUCUGAUAGACCAACCCUAGAGCAAGAGAAAAAAUCUUCUAGUUUUGAGAAAAUUGCCAAUGAUGAAAAAAGCAUGUUUAGAUUUGGGGAAAAGAGCUUUUCAUCAGGUUUCUCUAUAACUGGAACACAAAGUCAAGAUAAGAAUCCUUUAGUCUUUGGCCAGACUGAAAACAUUUUUACUUUUAAGAGUUCUGCAAAAUCUACAUUUGCACCUCCAACAUUUGGUGUCCAACCCAAAGAUGCACACAACCUGAGUGUGGAAUCAGAUGCAGGAAGUGAACAUGCUGCUGCUGAUGAUGAUGGACCACACUUUGAGCCUAUUGUACCUCUUCCUGAAAAAAUUGAAGUGAGAACUGGAGAAGAGGAUGAAGAAGAAAUGUUUUGCAAUAGAGCAAAACUAUUUAGAUUUGAUGCAGAAACAAAGGAAUGGAAGGAAAGGGGUAUUGGAAACGUAAAAAUUUUAAGACACAGGGUAUCUGGCAAGAUUCGCCUUUUAAUGAGACGUGAACAGGUGCUUAAGAUUUGUGCAAAUCACUACAUAAAUGCAGAUAUGAAACUGAAGCCAAAUGCCACAUCAGAUAAGUCUUAUGUGUGGAAUGCUUACGACUAUGCUGAUGAAAUGCCCAAGCCAGAGCAGCUUGCUAUUCGUUUUAAAACUGUAGAUGAGGCUGUUCUUUUCAAGACAAAAUUUGAGGAGGCACAAAGGUUACUAGCUUUGACAGAGUCCCCCGUGGCUCCAGUUCAAGAAAAAAAUGCAAAAUAUAAGCAGAAGGUGGAUUCUAGCAAGCCAAAUGAAACACCCCUUACUUUUGGAUCACAAUUUGCUUUGAAAAGGGGAGAAUGGCAGUGUGAUUGCUGCCUUGCUAAAAAUGCACCAACGUCCACUUCAUGUGUGUGCUGUCAAACACCAAACAAAAACCAGAGCAGCUUAACAAGUUCUACAUGCAUAUCUGCACCAUCUUUUACAUUUGGCAAGGAAAGUGCUACUAAUAAGCUUGGAUUUGGUCAGCAACUUUUAAAAAAUAAAGAACAAUGGACAUGUAGCAAGUGUUUGCAGAAAAAUGAUGCCCUAGUCAGCCUCUGUUCCUACUGCCAAACCCAAAAUCAAGCAAAGACUGGCAUUUCUCAACCUAACAAAGCCAGUACUGGUUUUACAAACAAUGUAUCUGCUCAGGGUGAUAGUUUGGCAGCAGUGUUUGGAAAAAAACCAGGUCAGUGGGAUUGUGAUGCAUGUUAUGUUAGAAAUGAACCUUCAGCAAAUAAAUGUGUUUCUUGUCAAAAUACAAAGCCAUUGAGUAAAGCUGUUGCCCAAGCAGCAUCUUUUUCUUUUGCUCCUGGUGCUGAUAAUUCACAAAAAAAUUUUGGUGCCCAGUUUGCAAAGAAGGAAGGACAAUGGGAUUGCAAUUCAUGUCUUGUCAGAAAUGAAGCAUCUGCUUCAAACUGUGUAGCUUGCCAGAGUGCCAAUCCGCAGGCAACAAAUAAAGAUGCUGUACCACCUGCCCAGACCCCAUCUGGCUUCAAAUUUGGGCCUUAUGCAGAGUUUGGUAAAACACAACCGAGUUUAUCAGCUAUGUUUUCACGCAAAGAGGGUCAGUGGGAGUGCAGUACAUGCUUAGUUAUAAACGAUGCUUCAAAAGAAAAUUGUGCUGCUUGCCAGACUGCUAAACCUGGCUCAUCUGCCAGUCAAAGCAAGGAGGUGCCUUUUACUUUUGGUAUUAAAGCAAAUUCAUCACAGAAUUUUGGGCAACCUGUUGCGGGAUUUAAUUGUGAUUUCUCUGGAAAAGGGUUCAAAUUUGGUAUUAGUGACGAAAAAUCAUCAGCAUCAAACUUUGCGUUUCAAGCCCCUGUUUCCAAUGAUGAAUCAAAGGUGGUAAAAGAGGGCUUUAACUUUCCAUUGUCUGCCGGUCCUCUUACUUUUAAUUUUGGAAUAUCUGAUUCAAAUAAGACAAAGGAAAUGUCUGCUGGCUUCAUGAAGGGUACUUCCACAAACGAUAAAGAGUCUGAAACAGCUAAGACUACUACAAAAUCUGAAAAAAGCCAACAAUGCUCUGAUAAAGUUCUAGGCCAGUCUGUACAGAGCUUUUCUUUUGCUGAUAUCGCAAAAACAUCUGAUACAGAAGGAUUUAAUUUUGGUAAAGUAGACCCCAAUUUUAAAGGCUUUUCUGGUGCAGGGCAAAAACUAUUUAUCUCUCAAAAUGCCAAAAGCAAUGAAGCAGUUGCAUCUAAUGAGCAGGAAGCUACAGAUGAUCUUUACAAAACUGAGGAACGUGAUGACAUCCAUUUUGAACCAAUAGUCCAACUUCCUGACAAAGUAGAUCUCGUAACAGGAGAAGAAGAUGAGAAAACUCUGUAUUCACAAAGGGUGAAACUGUACAGGUUCGAUGCAACAAGCGGACAGUGGAAAGAACGUGGAGUAGGAAAUCUAAAGAUCCUUAAAAAUGAUGUCAAUGGAAAACUGAGAAUGCUCAUGAGAAGGGAGCAAGUUCUGAAAGUGUGUGCAAACCACUGGAUAACGACUACAAUGAAUCUGAAGCCCUUAACAGGCUCUGACCGAUCCUGGAUGUGGAUGGCUAAUGAUUUUUCUGAUGGAGAUGCAAGGUUAGAGCAGUUAGCUGCAAAGUUUAAAACACCUGAGCAGGCUGAAGAUUUUAAGACUAAGUUUGAUGAGUGUCAGCGUCUGUUAUUAGAUAUCCCUCUACAGACUCCUCAUAAGCUUGUAGACACUGGAAGAACAGCUCAUUUGAUACAAAAAGCUGAGGAAAUGAAAACAGGCCUAAAAGAUCUAAAAACAUUUUUAACAGAUAAAGCUAAACCUUUGGAUGAGUCAAAUGUGACUGGCUCCACUGAAGUAGUGAAACAGUCGCCUGCAGAUGGAACUGAACCCACAUUUGAAUGGGACACAUAUGAUAUGAGAGGAGAAGCUCUUGAAGGGAAUUUAGAUGACUCUAUAUAUGCCUCUCCACUGGCAAGUAGCCCAGAGAAGAAGAAUUUAUUUCGGUUUGGUGAAUCAGCAUCAGGUUUUAACUUUAGCUUCCAACCAGAGCCAAGUCCCUCAAAAUCUCCAACAAAAUUAAAUCAUAGCAGGGUGUCUGUGGGCACAGAUGAGGAAUCUGAUGUUACCCAGGAAGAAGAGCGAGAUGGCCAGUACUUUGAACCUGUUGUUCCUUUACCUGAUUUGAUUGAAGUAACAAGUGGGGAAGAAAAUGAGCAGGCCCUUUUCUGCCAUAGAGCAAAACUUUACAGAUUUGAUAAAGACUCAAAUCAGUGGAAAGAAAGAGGAAUUGGAGACUUGAAGAUUUUACAGAGAUUGGAUAAUAAAUCUGCCCGAGUUGUCAUGAGAAGGGAUCAGGUAUUGAAACUCUGUGCCAAUCAUCGCAUAACAACAGAUAUAAACCUUCAACCAAUGAAAGGGGCUGAAAGAGCCUGGGUAUGGACUGCACAUGACUUUGCUGAAGGAGAAGGAAAGACAGAAUGUUUUGCUGUACGUUUUAAACUACAGGAGGCUGCUGACUUGUUCAAAGAGGGUUUUGAAGAGGCAAAAGAGGCACAAGCUAAAAACUGCUUGCUCACUCCAUUUUCUUCUCGUGGCACAUCACCCAGAGCUGCUUCAUGCGGAAAAGCUGCAAUAGCAAUACUAGAGGAAACUACAAAAGAGAGAACAGAUCAGCAGCCUGAGGAAGACACUUCACUGACAGAAGCUGGCACAUCAUCUCCUACAGAUCAGCCUGCAAAGGCCCUGGUUUCUCCUGCAAAAUUUACAUUUGGAUCUGAUGCUGUAAAGAAUAUCUUUGGUAGUGAGAAGAAGAUGCCUUUUGCAUUUGGUAAUACAUCAUCCACAAGGUCACUUUUCGGGUUCAGCUUCAAUGCUUCUCAAGAAGAAGUGCAAAAGCAGCCUCCCGAAAUCACUCUGGAUUUUACUUCUACCAUUGAGGCUCCGGAGAUGUCUGCUCUACAGAAAUCAUGUCAAGGAAGUGAGCAGAGUCCUAUAGUUUCUUCUUCUUUGACAUCAUCAUCAGUAUCAUCAUCAACUCUUAUGCAGCCCAUGCCAGCCAGAGAUAAGGUUGAUGAUGUCCCUGACGCAGAUAUCUCAUCUGAUGUACUCAUUGUAUACGAGGUGACUCCUACCCCUGAGCAGAAAGCCUUAGCAGAAAUGCUGCUCCUGCCACUAACCUUUUUCUGCUACAAAAACAAUCCUGGUUAUGUCAGUGAUGAGAGCGACAUUGAUGAUGAGGACUUUGAGACUGCUGUAAAAAAUCUAAAUGGUAUUUUGUAUCCAGAAGAUAAGAAAGAUAAGGCAUCAGCACAACUUUCAGGUCAUAGCAAGGAACCUACAGCUGAAUCUGACCAGGAUUGUGUAAUAGUUUGGGAAAAGAAGCCCACUCCUGAAGAAAAAGCCAAAGCAGACAGUCUGAAGCUCCCGCCAACAUUUUUCUGUGGUUUGGGUAGCGACACAGAUGAAGACAAGGAUAACCUAGAAGACUUUGAUACAGAAGUUAGAAAAGUUAAGGAGGCUAAAGGAGUUCCAGAAAAAGAUGUAAAUAGUUCCUAUGAAGCUCCAAUAGUGUGUGCAGCUAAAACCAGUGUCUCCCUGCCCCCAAAACAAGAGCCUGAUUCCACUACAAUCAUUUCCCAGGAGCCUGUAGACUUGUCCUCAAAACAGGAGCUACCCAAAACAGACUCCACCAGCAAAGGAUUUUCUGCUUCUAGUUUCUCCUUUGGGCUUGGUACAGUUUCCGGAGUGUCAUUUGCAGAUUUAGCAUCGGAAAAUUCUGGGGAUUAUGCCUUUGGUUCUAAAGAUACCAGCUUCCAGUGGGCCAAUGCUGGGGCAGCAGUUUUUGGUUCUUAUUCCAAAAGCAAAAAGGGGGAAGAUGAGGAUGGUAGUGAUGAUGAAGUGGUACACAGUGAUGAUGUACACUUUGAGCCCAUUGUAUCCUUACCAGAGGUGGAGGUGAAAUCAGGGGAAGAAGAUGAGGAGAUUCUUUUCAAAGAGAGAGCAAAGUUGUACCGCUGGGAUAGAGCGGUCAAUCAGUGGAAAGAGAGAGGAGUUGGUGACAUAAAAAUACUUUUUCAUAAAGAGAAGGGAUAUUAUCGUGUUCUGAUGCGGCGAGACCAAGUCCUGAAAGUGUGUGCUAAUCACGUCAUUUCAACAGAAAUAAAGAUUAGCCCCUUAAAUACAUCAACCAAUUCGCUGGUAUGGACAGCAACUGACUAUUCAGAUGGUGAAGGUAAAGUGGAACAAUUGGCAGUCAGAUUUAAGACAAAGGAGUUGACUGAUUCCUUCCAGAGCAAAUUUGAAGAAUGCCAGCAGAAUUUGACAGAACAGUCUUAAUCCUUCACAUUAAGGGCACACAUUUAAUGACGUCUAGAAUUUGGAACUGAGAGCAUAUGCCAUUUAAUGAUUUUCUCACGUGGGAAUAAAAACACUUCUUAUUGGAUUUGUGGUGGCCUAGUCAUCUUCUGUAUUUAGUUUAUAAUCUCUGCAAAGCAGAAUUCUAAUACAAGAUGUGUUACAGUAUACUGUGACAUUUUGUAGGAAAUAUUGAAAUAUAUGUUAUGGAGUGUUCCUGCUGCCUCAAGAACCACAAUUCUAGUAAUGCCAUGUCUUAUGUGGUAGCACUUUAUCUAUUGCCCCACACUAAUUUUCCAUCUGAUAAGGAAGUCUAAAAUUCUCAUUUGUCUUGAUGCAAGGGCUAGGUUCUCACUAAGUUUUAAUGUAGCAAAACCACUGUGAAUGGUUUUGCAUUUUUUCUAGUCUGUCUUUUGAGGCCUAAUGAAAAUAAUUACAUUGGCAGAAAUGAUUACUGAAUUAUCAAAACUUGUGCACUUGUAAAACAAAUCAUAUACAUUUUUAAAAAAAUAAGUGGUGUAAAUAAAGUUCACACUAAAUUGUA